CUGCUCUGUCAUCUGAAGCACAAAAGCCAUGUCUUUGGGCGUCUGUGCUCUGCUCAUCAUCCUGUGCAAUGUUUGGUGCUUGAUCCGUGGGACUUCUGUGAUGAUCCCAGAUGUUGCUGUGAGGUGUGCUGAGGACGUGGUGCUGCCCUGUAAAGCUCUUCAGGACUCCUCAAUCUCCUACCAGACAGCGUCUUGGUAUAAAAUGGCUGGAGACAGCGAAGGAAUAGCAUGGGAAGUCCUUGAUAUGGAAUCUCAUUUUCCACAAGAAGCUGGGGGGUCCUUGGAGCUCUCCAAUGGCACCUCCUUUUCACUGAGGAUCAGAAAUGCGACCGGCCGAAGCAGCGGGACGUACAAGUGCACUCUGGGGGAGCAGAACGGAGAACGCAAUCUGAGCAGCACAGUCACGUUAAAAGUAACAGGUUGCCCUGGAAUAGAAGAGGACAAACUAAAAAAAUACAAAAGCGAGCUCUUCAUGCUGACUUGCCUUGGGAUUUUUUAUUUGCUGCUCAUCUUCUUUACUUGUACAUGUCUAAGAAAAGAGAGUAUGUCUCCCAAUUACCAAAAAACCAGACCAGAUAUGAAGCACAUGCUUACCCUCAUCAAUGUACGUGAAAUAACAACUUUCCAGCAUUUAAACAGCGACAGCACUUGCAAAAAUGAGUUUACUUCAAGUUCUGUCUAA